AUCCAACAAAAAUCCAGCCCCCACCCCUCUCUCUCUCGCAUCAGUAGAUCGCACCCGUCCACGCGUCCCGCAAUCUCCUCCAAUUUGAAACUGCCCCAGCCCACAACCAACGACGGAUGGGAAGCAGAGCAGCGCCGCCUCUGGCUGGACACCACCCGUCGCCGGCCAUGGCGUCCUCCGCCUCCGCCUCCGCCUCCGCCGCCGUGAAGGCCGACAAUCCCUUCUGCCCCAUCGACAUCUCGUCCGACGAGGACGACGAAGUGACAGUCCUUGGCUCCUCCAGCAGCCGCGAGGAGAUGCAGAUCCAGCAGGCCAUCCUCCUCUCCCUCGACCCCUCUCGCGACCAGGCCACCCCCCCCUCCUCCUCCGGAACCGCCGUCGCCGGGACCCCCGAAGGGUCCAUUCCUGACCGCAAGGGGAGGCGCAAACUACGGUCGGAGCUGCCCCUGUUUCCUGUUGAUCCCAGCAGAUCUCCGUCGAAACCAGAGACGCGCCAAGUCAUCGACUUGGACGACGACAGCCCCCCUCAAGUGAUCGAUCUAGACGACGAUGAUGGCUGCAGCUUGAUCUUCCUCAAAGACAUCGCCAGCGGCAAGAGGAAGCUGUUCGAGAAAGGCGAAUGCUCCAACAGCGCCAAGAAAUUCGACUGCACGAUCUGCAUGGAGACGGUCCCCGGCGUCGAGCGGUUCCGCAUCCCCGGGUGCCGGCACGCGUUCUGCGCCGGCUGCGUGCGGCAGUACAUCGCCGCGAGGGUCGAGGAGAACCUGCUGGCCAUCGGCUGCCCUGACCCGGGCUGCAAGAACGGCGUGCUGCACCCGGAGGAGUGCCGGCGCGUGAUCCCGGCGCCGCUGUUCCACAGGUGGGGCGCCGCGCUCUGCGACAUGGCGCUCGGCGAGCUCAAGUUCUACUGCCCCUUCAAGGACUGCUCGGCGCUGCUGGUGGACGACGACCCCGGGGACGGCGACGGCGACGCGGCGGCCAAGGUGGAGUGCCCCUAUUGCAAGCGGGUGUUCUGCGCGAAGUGCAAGGUGCCGUGGCACGAGGGGGUGGAGUGCGCCGAGUUCCAGCGGCUCGGGGACGACGAGCGCGGGCGGGAGGACCUGCUGCUGAGGAAGGUGGCGCAGCAGAGCAAGUGGCAGCGGUGCCCCAAGUGCAAGAUCUACGUCGAGAGGGUGGACGGCUGCACCUUCAUCGCCUGCAGGUGCGGGCACUGCUUCUGCUACCUGUGCGGCUCUACGAUGGCGAGGAGCAACCAUUAUUGCGCAAAGUGCAAGCGGUGAUCGGUGAAUCGUCUUAAAAUGCACAAAGCUACUUCAGGGAAGGAAGUAAUUAUGCAGAUAUUGACUACGUAUAUCUGUGUAACGGUUGGGCGGUAUUGUUGAUAUUAACUUCAGUUGGCAUCAUUUAGCUCGUGCAACUCUAAUGCCACCUUGGCCAUCACUAUGAGAAUUUGACUUUACAGGAGCUGGUUUCCUUGGGGUCUUGUGACCAUGUCUUUUUUGAACAAUCACCGGGGAUGGAGGAGGAGGAUGGAUGGAUCCUCGCUUGAAUAUAUUGCCGAAAGUAUCAACAAGUUGACAAGUGAUACGUAGAUGUGCUAGCGGGCAAGGAGAGGUAUUGCCGCCAAGACAUAGUGACGACCUCUAAUCAGGUUCCUUGUAGCUAAUAGUCUAGACAGUAAGUUGGAAAUGAUGUUUCUAAUAGUUAGACUCGCCAUUCCUUGAAUCCUAAAUUUUCCAAAGACCGGGGUGCACAACCGAAGGCAUGAUGUUGAAGCCGAGGUGCGCGAGGUGUCCAUGUCCCAAAUCUGAGCAAUGGAUAGGGUGUACGUAAGGCCCAAGCCAAGCCAUACUUGGGGCGGCCUUUGGUGGUGGAUGAAUUGUGUAGCGCAUCUUUGGAAGCAACAUCGUACCUUGGGGCAAAAACUGUUCUCCGUGAUGUCCUCGUGGGAGAGAUUGUCUUUAGAGCUUAGCCGGUCUUUGAAGAGGAGUCUAUAAAGAUUUUGAGCUUUGUUGGCACUUUGGAAUUCCAAAAGAGUUGCAUUGAAGUCUUUGUCGUCUUUUGAGGUGAGCAAACUGUAUGCUUUCAUUGACAAAAAUGAAGUCUGAUGAGUGAGGAAUCGUUCAUCAUUGGAUCCAUUUGUUCUAAAAUCCCGCAACAAUGACAAAACAA